AUGCUUUACGGGAGGAAAUGUAGGACGCCGAUAUGCUGGGGAGAAGUAGGCCCUCGAGAGCUUGCUCAUAAAGAUGUGCUUCGGGUUACGAACGAGAAAAUUGAUAAGAUCCGGGCCCAUUUGAAGGCUGCUCAGGAACGGCAAAAAUCAUAUGCAGAUAAGAGGCGAAGACCAAUCGAAUUUCAAAUUGGCGAUAGGGUGAUGCUCAAGGUAUCCCCAUGGAAAGGGAUUAUCCGGUUCAGAAAACGAGGAAAGUUGAGUCCACGAUUUAUAGGGCCUUUUAAAAUCUUGGAGCAAGUGGGUAAGGUGGCUUACCGACUAGAAUUACCGGAGGAGCUAAGAGGGAUACACAACACGUUCCAUGUUUCGCAUCUGCGGAAGUGUUUAGCGGACGAUACGGCCUAUGUUUCCCUCAAAGAUGUAGAGAUUGAUGAUAAACUCAGUUAUAUAGCAAGGCCUAUCGCAAUCCUAGACCGUAAAGUCAAGAAUUUAAGGAACAAAGAAUUUGACCAAGUAAAGGUCAAAUGGGAAGACCGGAAAGGAUCAGAUACCACUUGGGAGUCUGAAGAAGAAACGAGACGACUCUACCCUUCACUUUUCGGCAACACGAGUGAGGCGUCGGGAAGUCAAGUCGGUGCGGACACUCGCUUGAAAGGGAAGCUUUAA